AUAACAACAGCUGCUCCGAGCACACUGAGGACUCUCUGAGACAUGACGCGGAGAUGACUUUAAAAGAAAGCUGUCCUCCCUCUCCUUCCCCUCCGCUGAAGCUGUUGCACUUGUUUUUAAUGGCUGAUCCUCUCUUUUUUUGCGCGUCAACAAUGAGGAGCAUGCUGCUGCCGGAGCGACGCUGAAGCGCGUAUCACCAGAGCGUUUCACUCAAUGGGCUUUUUAUAUUUAGCUCUGUGAGUGAGCGGAAAGAGGAGACCCUGAUCCCGGUGUUGUCUGACAUUUUGAUCCCUUUGAGACCGUCUCGAGCCCCCCAAAACUUGUCGUCCAUCUCGCGGAGCGCGUUAUCAGGCUAUGUGGUGGUGAGGAGGGCGCUGUGUGUGUGUGUGAGUGUGUGAGUGUGUGUGUGAGAGAGAGGAGGAAUAGCGCAAAUCUAUCUACACCUCCGUGGGAAAAAGAUGAUGAUGGCCGGUGGUGGCGGAGCAGCCGUGGACCAUAACGGGAUCUACUCAAAUCCGAACCUGCUAAACCUGCAGCAGCCCCUCAUGGAGGCGGAUAAUCCAGAAACCCGCAAACGACCGCUGGAAACUCCGGCGGAGGAGGCCGGCUGUACCAAACGCACCAACAUUGGAGAGGAGGGCGAGUACUUCUUGAAGGUGCUGAUCCCCAGCUAUGCAGCCGGCUCUAUAAUUGGCAAGGGCGGCCAGACCAUCGUACAACUGCAGAAAGAGACGGGUGCCACCAUUAAGCUGUCCAAAUCCAAAGACUUCUACCCAGGAACAACAGAACGCGUCUGUCUGAUACAGGGUACAGUCGAAGCACUCAAUGGCGUCCACAACUUCAUCGCAGAGAAAGUCCGGGAGAUGCCCCAGAGCGCCCAGAAACCAGAACCAGUCAGCAUACUGCAGCCACAGACCACAGUCAAUCCCGACCGAGUCAAACAGGCCAAAUUGAUCGUGCCCAAUAGCACUGCUGGGCUUAUCAUUGGAAAAGGCGGAGCCACAGUAAAAGCAGUGAUGGAGCAGUCAGGCGCGUGGGUGCAGCUCUCCCAGAAGCCAGAGGGCAUCAACCUGCAGGAGCGAGUGGUGACCAUCAGUGGGGAACCCGAACAGAACCGCAAAGCUGUGGAGAUCAUAGUACAAAAGAUACAGGAGGACCCUCAGAGCAGCAGCUGCCUCAACAUCAGCUACUCCAACGUCUCGGGCCCAGUGGCCAACUCAAACCCCACCGGCUCACCCUACGCUAACACGGCAGAGGUAAUGCCCAACGCCGCUGCAGCCGCUGCUACUGCCUCCAGCCUCCUGGGCCAGGCCGGCUUGACGGGAAUGGGGGCCUUCCCCGCCACCAUGUCCAGCUUCUCCGGCAACGACCUGUUGGCCAUCACCUCAGCUCUCAACACUCUGGCCAGCUACGGCUACAACACUAACACCCUGGGCCUCGGCCUCAACCCUGCAGCUGCAUCUGGGGUCCUCGCUGCAGUAGCAGCUAGUGCUAACCCAGCCGCUGCUGCUGCAGCUAACCUGCUGGCCUCUUAUGCUAGCGAUGCCUCCAGCGGUGCAGGCCACCCUGCAGCAGGCCUGGGGGGCUUCUCCCUGGGUUCUCUUGCAGCUGCGACAGGGGCUUCCAAUGGUUACUUAAAUGCUUCUUCCCCACUGAUGGCCUCCUCCCUGUUGGCGACAGAGAAGCUGGGAGACGGGGCCAAGGACGUGGUUGAGAUCGCUGUGCCCGAGAAUCUGGUCGGCGCCAUUUUAGGGAAAGGAGGGAAAACGCUGGUAGAGUACCAGGAGCUAACAGGAGCCCGCAUCCAGAUCUCCAAAAAGGGAGAGUUCAUUCCUGGUACUCGGAACCGUAAAGUUACCAUAACAGGGUCGCCAGCCGCUACGCAAGCAGCACAGUAUCUGAUCAGCCAGCGGAUCACCUACGAGCAGGGCGUGCGCGCUACCAACCCACAAAAGGUGGGCUAAAAAGAAAAAGAAGAGGAAAGGAUGAAGACAGAGAUAGAAGGGAAUCGAGAGGGUCACGAUGAAUUGAAAAAAAAAAAAGAAAAGUCCAAAUAUCUGUUCAAUAUUUCAGUAUCAAAUGAGAGAAUCACAAAGGAGGAGGUGGGGGAGACAACCAAGAUAAGUGUGUGUGAUAUGUGAAUGUGUUUUUAGGACUGAUGUCCUGAUGUUUUUUAAAAGUUUGUGUCGAGUCCUUUUGACGAUGGCGAUCAGAGUAAGCUGGACUGGUCCACUGCCAAGCUGCAGAUUCAAGGGUGAGGCCGCAGGGCUUCACCCUCCUCCAAAACCUCAUAGCUCUUUUGUUUUGUUUUUGAUCUGAUUGGGUUUUUCUUGGUUUGAAUUUCAGUUUGCAAAGCCUCGGCUCCCGGUGAGUUGAGCGUGUCAGAAAAAGUUCCAGCCUGCUGUUUCACAAACCUUUGCUCUUUUUGUACAAUGCAGAAUGCAUUGUUAACAGCAGAGGUUUUACGACAAGCACCUGAGGUCACCUCAGUCCAUAAGGGAAGCAAUCUUGAGUAUAAUUUCUUGAGACAUCACGUCUAUGUUGACAUAUGUUGAAUUCUGGCUCAUAUCAUAAUUGACGUUUCUAAAUUUGGGUAUUUUAUACUUCCAUCCUUUAUUUAUUGACAUGGUCUCAUUUAAACACAAAUAGAUAAUUUAAACCUGUGAAUGCAGGUUGAUCUGAAUGUAAAAACAAUAUUAGCCUAUUGCUAUUUUUUAUUUACAGGGAUCAAAUAUUGUGUUGCAGUGAACGAAUUGUAUAACUCUGUAAACCCAGUCUGAACUUGACUGUUGCUGUUCUGCAAGUAUAGUUCAGGGGUUAAAUAAUCAAUGUGAGAGGACAGAGGAGACACACAGGAAUGUAUACAUAUAUUUUACAUGAGAACAAACAUGCUCCCAGAAAAAAAAAAAACACAAACACUGAAAACAUAUUUGCAUAUUCAGUUCCAGCUACAAACACAAAUACGAUGUUGUUGAACCCUUUUCUUGGUGCUAUAGAAUUAGAUGUAAAUCUCCAUUCAAUCUGAAUCUGUCUGGCGACCUUCCUUUUUAUUUGAAGCGUCGUCCAGCCGUUAGUAGCCCAUUGAUUGUGACCCAGCCUCUCACCUAAUGAAGCGGAUUGAUUUCAGCAUCGCGAGAUGAAAAGCAAUCCAGUCUUAAUAUUUUAACUCCAAGUCCAGGUAACUUUUUUUUUUCUCCAUAAAAAUUGGCCGCACUCUAGAUUUUUUACCUGACGAUGAUUUUUGCCUUAUUCACACACUUUGAGAAUCACAAGAACUACAUCUAAAGCUACCUUGAAGCAGUGUCUCACCAGUUCAGUUUGCAAAAAGAACAAAGCACUACAAAAAGCAUUUUGAUAAGAGAAGCUGUAUGAACCAAUUUCUGUGAACAAAGAAACUAUUGCCUUUACAUUAAGGGUACCAAAUAGUCUAGAGACAAACUCUAAUGAAAGGGAAGUAGAAUGACACUUGAAAAGAAGGUUUGGACUCACUUUUUUUUUGUCUGUGAGCCAUCCUUCCCAAUUUGCAUCAAGACAAAGAAAAAAAAAAAGUCUGCAGUUCAUCCAGGCAGCCUGUUAUCGCUCCCAAAACACGUUAACGCUCACUAACUUCGAGUCGGAGCACAUAAUAAAACAUUGUGAAAUGUUUUCGGCAUCGUUGUCUUUUAUGGGCAAUUGUUUGUCUAAUGCAGGGAGGCUAAUUGUCUCCAACAUUUCCAAACACUCUGAAGAUUACCUUGGCUUCCUUCUGUGCUGCUAUCCAUGGUGUUCAUCCUGAGUACACUGGGUCUCUGAAGACUGCACUGUGAGACAUUAAAAACACAACGUAAAGUGUCUGUCCCUGCCGGGGGAUGUGAGUAUAUUUUAAUGUGCACAUCUAUGUCACAUAACCCACCAAUACUGACAGAAGGGAUAAAUCUCCACAAGAGCAUUUAUACUCCCAGCAUCUUGUGAUGGUUUUGUUUUAUCACUUCCUCCAAUGCACUUGCGCCCAAAAAUUAGCAGACAUUUUCAGACCACAAAAUUUAUCCCUGCCAUUUUUCUGUGCACUUAUUACAUCGCAGAGACAUCUUUCAAUUGUCCUCCUUCAACCCAUGUUCUAAGAUUAGCUUCCUGAAUACAAGGCUGUGAGAGUUGCUGCUAGAGCUGCGUUAAUUAAUCAAUUCAUCAUAGGGAAGGAAUUUGAUUGCCUAAAUUGUUUAUGUCCAUUUUUUCUUUUUCUAAAAGUGUCAAAUAUUUGCAGGUUCCAGCUUUCUUUGGGUUUAAACUCUCGGUGUUGAUGAUAGAAAACAAUUUGCAGACUUAGUUAAGCGCUCUGAGAAACUGGGAUCAGCAUCUUUUAAAUUUGCAUUCAAAGUGGUGAAUUGAUUUGUCCUGAAAAAAUAAUUUGCAGAUUGAUUUAUGAUAUCAAGAAAUGUUUUGAGCAGCUCUAGUUGUUGCAGCAAAGUGUCCAGGAAAAAAUCAGAGUCACUCCCUCUUCCUGUUGUUUUGGGGACAGAAUUGAAUGACUACCCUUUUCUCAUUCAUAAUUCAUAGUCGAAAGAAACAACUCGUCGUGUGUGAACAUUAAAUCAUGGCAACACUGAAAUCUUUUCUUUCACUACGUGUCUGGAAGGCUUCACUGUCAUCCAUUAACGAUAAUCUGGCCCAGCAUAAGAAAACCUUUUUACUGCCCAAAGUUUGAGCAUUAUAAUAAGAUACAAGCACAAAACCAGGGGGAUGUAUUACCAAUGCAACUGGACUGCUCGCCUGCAGAGAGCUCUCCGUCAAAAGCUCUCGAUCGCUACAUUGUGCCAAAUACUAUUUCUCUCUCUGCCCCUUCAUUAGCUUUCCUCUUUCUCUCGACAUUUUGAUUCCCCCUGUAUGUUGCUGUUUCUCACCCUUCUGUCUCUUAUCUCUGUCUGUGCUUCUUCUUCUUCUUCUUCUUCUUCUUCUACCUACACUGUGCUCUCCCCCUCUUUCUCCUUCCUCCUGUCUUGUCCUCUCAUGGGCAGUGUGCUGGGUGUGCUGUUGCUGCUGCUGCUGCUGGUUUGUGGUGGUGGGAGUUAUGCACUAUAGGUCAUGAGGGUAUAAAAAUGUUUUCCCAGGCCGUAGAGUUCACAAGGCUAAAUUGCACAGAAAACACCUGCCUCCAAAUACUGUGACACCCACAAGACCAGCCAGCAACAUUAGCUCAAAGUAUCAAAUUCCCUCUACACGAAGAACACUUAGAAGAGUUUAGACCGUGAACUAUGGCCUUUUUUUCAUUCCAGAAGAAGAAGGCAAAUCUUGGUUGAAUAAAUAUUCAUGUGUCAGCUGAACAAACUGAGCUCGAGUUUCAGCCUCUAAACGAAGCAUAGUAAGGAAAAGAACGCAUACGAUAGCAAGAAGUAAGGUGGGAACUUGUUUGUGACCUCAAGCCGAAACAAUGACAUCCUUUAUGCAUAUCCUCUUAUCUGAAAAAUGACUAGAUUCAUUUCUGUGGAAUACAAUAUGUCAUGUCAUAUGAUCUAUAUGUACUUUAUUGUAGCUAUUCUAGUUUGUAGUCCAAAUGCAGUCCAGCGUUGUCGAUACAAUGUGAACUAUGUUAUAUUUGUGUGGAUGAUGAGAGUGCCAACUAAGCCUGAUUAAGAUUAGCUUCGCGAUUUGUUUGUGCAUUAUGAUGACUCAUCAUCAGCCGGUGGUGUCCAUAUUUCUGUCAUUGAUGAUUUAGUUUGACAGUAAGAAAAUGUAAAGAAUAUUGGAAGCAAUAUAGUAGCAUGUUGUCCUGUUUUGUGUUUUAUGUCUGUUGUAUGAACCUUUGAAAUUACUAAGAUUUUGAAUGAAUAGGUUUACAUGUACUUUUUGUAAGUUAUGAAAAUGCUGCUAUUUGAUAAGUAAACUAUACAAAAAUAUUUUAGUUGAAAAGAUGUCUGGUCUGUUGAUUAGAGAUGUGCUCCGAAAGGCCGGAGCAUACGACGAGGUGUAUAGAAAUACUAUACAGUAUUGGUAAGAUAGUAAAAAGUAAUAAUAGACUCCAUAGUACAACCUGUGCCAAACUAGACCUCCGCAGCUUCUGAAAUUGUAGAUGUGCGAUCAAAUGUUAGAUAUCAAUAACUUGUUUAGAAGUGCUGAUCAAGUGCCAAUCAAACACUGUCUUUUAAGUUAAGAAAAGAUAAUCAAAUACAUGACUUAAGAAAAACAAAGGACAAAGAACUUUUUGUGCAUUGUUUUAUCCCAUAGGUACAUAGAUAAGAGUUAAAGAUUGUGAUUUUUAUGGAUCCAUGUUGUUUUACACUCCAUGCAUCCCUUGUGUGUUUGUUUGACCUGUGGCUUAAAGUACUGCUGUCUCACAAAUGUCUCUCUAUAGGCCAGCAUGGACUAAAGCAUAACAUGUUAUAAGCAUUCAUAACAUACCAUUAACAAUCAAAAAUGUGUUUGUGGAGUUAGGUGUUAUCUUUUUGCACGUCUUCUAUUGCAUGGUAUCAAACGUUUAAAAAAAAUUAAAUAUGGAGGAAAAAAAUAAAAUGACAAAAACUUUUGCGAGGGUGUCUCGCAACAUUCAAAGACAUUACGCUGCAUGAAGUCAAAUGUAAAAGCACUUAAGUUUACUCGCCUCAUGUUGGAAAAAAAAAAGAGUUGUUUUUUUAUGUCGUGAGUUGGGAGGGAGAUCAUUAUUGUCAUGUUGGCCCAAAACACACACCCACACACACACACACACACACACACACACACACACACACACACAUACACACAUAUACACACACAGAUCAAAUUGUCAUCUUCACGUCAUCACAGAUGUUUUGAUUUUUAGGUACAGUGAGGAGUAUUACAAAUGUGAAACAAGCAAACGUGAAAAUGUUACUCAGUGCAUUGGCUCUUUGUGUUUUUUUUAAAAAUAAAAUCAAGCAUGCAUUUUUUUUUAAACAGGUUGAACCUCAUGUAACCUGUCCCAUGAAGUUACACGAUUCUUUUUGUUUUAAUGUCACAGCUUAAAAGCCCAGAUCUAAUCUAUGAAUGUACCCAUAUAUUCUUUUUGUAUCAUUUUGAAUUCUGUCGAAUGUUACCAGUCUUUAAUGUAAAUUCAGGGCAGGAAUGUCAGAUACAUGUAGAGUUAAUAUCUAUGUCAAUAACAGAUUUCAGCUAUAGUCAGGUAGGCCUCACACGGCCACAGUCAUGAACCAGAUAUGUUUAAACACAACUUCCGAUUCGCUGUCAACAUUAUCUUGUUUGUUUGGUGUUGCAUAAAUGCACUUUACUGAUCAGUGGGUCAUCUUGUGAAAUGAAGCAAAACCAUGUUGUUCAUUUUGUUUCUGUUUGCUGUUGCUCUGAUGUUACCAUUAUUUAUUUAUUCCCCCGAUCCUGUUGGGUCUCAUGAGUGAUGGAAAGGGCUGGAGUCUCAAACUAAAUAGAAAAAAGGUAGCACCUGUUUCCUCACAUACCCUUCAGCAGAGGUUUGUGUCAGUCACUGAGUGCUUUGUUUUUUGGGUUUUUUUUACAAACAUGUGAAAACCCAGAAGGAUCCUAAGACAUCGUGCAUCCUCCUUUUGCUUAAAUUACAAAUUCAAAAAACCCUUUUUUAUUUCUUCAACUUUGACGAAAGAACCAAGGGAUGCAAGUUUAAAAAACUACAAGGUCACUUUUGUGUCUUUAUUAUGCUUUUAUCAGAUUUAAGGAUUAAACAUGCAUAGCUGACAAAACUGCAGACUGAAAUCAAAUUCCGUUAAAGUGAACUUGUGAUUAAAGAAACAUUAACGCAGAUGAAAAAAAGUUUCUUUGCACAUCUAAAACUUUUGCUUUUGAAUCCAAAAUGUUUCAGUAGUUUUUAUGGAUGUUUUUUUUAUCAUCGCUCAGAUUGAGACGUUUCUCAACGUAGUCCUGCCCACAAGAUCAGAGUCAAUCAUUUUUGUAUUCAAAAGUAAAAAAAAUAUUUUGAUUACAUAUCAUUGAGAAUGUAUUUGACUUGCAGUUUAAACAUUUUUGAUUGCAGUGUGGACAUGUUUGUCUCCUCUGUGGGUUAGUUUUGCUUCUGUUUGAUUGCAUAUUAAUGAAGACACUAAAAGUUACCUGUUGAAAAGAAGUGAAGGUAGAUAACAUAAUUGGCACCAGCAACAUGAAGAUCCUCUCUGUAACCUCAACAUGUUUUAAAACCAGUGAGGAAACCUUACCGACGUCGAGUGGCCUAGAGAUACAUGAAUGAUAUUUCUCUCAUUAUUUUUGAGUUUUCAAACCCCUGUCGUUGCAUUUUAUCUCACCUCAAUGUCAAACCUGUUACAGAUUCAUUCAAAAGAAGAAGUUUGUUUUGUUUCUCUUUUCACCUCAAACGUGUCCCGGAUGUUCAUCUGCGUCCAUGAAAGCUCUUUCACAAAGAAGGACUGUUUUUUCUGGCUAAGGCUCUCUCACAACCUCUUCUCCUCGAGUCUCACUCUCUCAGCCUACACCACGAUUUGUGUUUCAUCACACAGUGUCCGCCCUUUGAAACGGAUUAAAGUACCUCUGAGCCCCGGAGAAAAUACAGGAUUCUUUGCCAACCAGAUAUGAGGCCAUUUCUGUUGGUGUCUCUGACCCUCUGAACCUCUCAUGAACUUAUUUGACCUUCUCCAUCCCCCCGAGAACUCAUGUAUGUGUUGGAUAUUUUACACUCUGCGAGACUGUUCUGUUGUUUUCUUGUUUCUUUUUUUCUUUUCCUGGACAAUUCUGCAGGGUUGCUUAAAUGUAAACUGAAGAAAGCAUGGCAACACCUUGCAACCAUUCUCACAUCAUUACAGAUUGACUUUUUUGGGGGGUAUUUGGUUUGACUUUGUUUGACCUCUGUUCUUUACAUCUCAGACUAAAAUGGGCUGACAGCAUAAGAUCAAAUAUUGCAACCUCAGAAAAGUGAUGUUUUUUUCUUUUUUAGUUGAUUGACGACGGUUCUGUCUUUCAUUUGUGACGAGAAUAAUCUGUGAAAGUCCACAGUGUUUAACUACCUUAAAGGGCUUUCCGGGACAGCAUUUGUAUGUCUUUAAAAAAUGGAAAAAAAGUCCUCUUUGAGUUUAUUGAGAAACAGAGGAGAAAUGUCUUCUUGUGCCAUUUGAGACAAGUGUGAAAGCUUUUCAUGGCAAAUAUUAUCUGCAACGAGUGCCAAAUAAUUCUAUACUGAGCCAAAAGGCUGCCAGCCUACAUGACUAAAUGUUAGAUCACUGGAAUGGUUACGUCCCAUUUCCACUCCCCUUGAAAAACAUCACCCCUAAUUGUACGACGUUCGAGCUCAUGCACCAUUAUUGUUAUGCUGCCAGUCUGUUUUCUGCUUUUGUCAGAGAAACAUCUCAGAAGCAGGAUCUUUUCUAAACGAAACACUGUUGAUAAAAUGACAACAGCUACUACGGUGAGGGAAUGAGAGGAUUUUAAAAGUGUCAUUGUUUUUCUUCUUCGUUGAUUUGAACAUUAUUCAUUAAUAGAUUUAACGGUAAUGACUAUUUAAUGUAACUGUAGUACUGUGUUUGUAAAAGAAAUUCAGUGAGUUGUGUUUUAUGACUCGUGGACUACCAGUGAAGUCAGCAUUUCAGUGUUAAUAAAUUGAAUUGUUUUUUAAAGAUUAUUUUUGCGACGGCAACAAAGAGUCAUUAUAAAUGUUCAUUUUAACAUCA